AUGAGCACUACGACCACCCCAUAUGAUGUCUUCUUCACCAUCUACAACAGAAUGGACAAGCCUCUGACCAAUGGAACGGCUCGUCUUCCAACACAGUCCAGAUUAGCGCCGGCGGGCGAUGCGGGCACGGUGGGGGAGGUUACCUAUCUUUAUGGCUUGGAUCCCAUGACGUUCAAGUUCCAGCACACCGUUUCCGAAUACUCGGCUUCGGGACACCCCGAUGCCAUGAUGGUCGAAGUCUCGAGAUAUAACCCAUUUAUCGGUCAGUCAUUCGCAUUGAUGUUCUACGCGAUGAUUGCUCCUCGGUGA